AUGGGCGACACCAACGAACACCCGGAAGUCGCGCUCAAGAAACUUGGUGCCGAAGACGCGUCCAAGGUUUCGGAUGAGGAUUGGAAGACGGCUCUGGCGCCAGAAGUCUACGAGGUCACCCGCAAAGCUGGCACCGAACCCGCCGGCUCGGGCGCUUACGACAAGUUCUUCGACAAGGGCCGCUACAUCUGCGUCUGCUGCGGAUCCGAGCUGUUCAACUCCGACUCGAAAUUUUGGUCAGGGUGCGGCUGGCCGGCGUUUUCAAAAUCGACGGAUAACGACAUGAACAUCAAGCGCAUCCCGGACCUCAGCUAUGGCAUCGAGCGCACGGAGGUGCGGUGUAAGACGUGCGAUGCGCACCUUGGCCACGUUUUCGAGGAUGGACCGGAAGAAACGGGGGAACGCUAUUGCAUCAAUUCGGUGUCGAUGACGUUCGAGCCGCAACCU